ACACGUAUAUAAUUGCGAGCACACGUCAUAUUAAGCUGUAUACUUUUAUAAUAAAAAUAAGUUGAAUAAACAUUAUUCAGGAAAUGACAUUAGAUUUAGGUUUUGUGGAGAAAUGCGAAUCUUGGCAAUUAGAAAGCAAAUUUUUUCCAAGUAAAGUCGGUGGUAAACCAGCAUGGCUUGACUUAAAAAAUAUACCCGGAGAAAAAAUUCUUCAAUGUGAAUAUUGUAAAGAACCUUGUAUCUUUUUAUGUCAAAUUUAUGCACCGUACGAAGAUAGUGAAGAUGCUUUUCAUAGAACGAUCUUUGUCUUUAUGUGUAGAAACGUAGAAUGCUCGAAACUGAAUAAAAAUGGAAAUUUAAAAGUAUUUCGCUCUCAGUUACCAAAGUUAAAUGAAUUUUAUCCAUCUGAACCUCCUAUAGAACAGAGUGAUUGGAGAACUGAUAUUAGUGUAAAUAAGUGGGUAAAAACAUGUUAUAUUUGUGGAAUAUUAGCACCUAGCCAUUGUUCUAAAUGUAAAACUGUAAAUUAUUGUUGUCGUGCACAUCAAAUAUAUGAUUGGAAACAUGGACAUAAAGAGAUUUGUGGUAGUAAUAAAAAAAUAAUAAGGAAACCUGAAAUCUUGUUAACUGAAUAUGAAAUAGUGAUUGAAAGAGAAGAUAAAAAAGAUAUAGAUGAUUCAAUUAAAGGAGAAGAAGAAGAAGAAGAAGAAGAAGAAGAAGAAGAAAUUAAAAAGUAUGAAGCAAUGGUUCAAAAAGGUGAAGCAGGAAUUUUUCAAAAUGAAGACAUGCCAAAUGAAUUGCUAAAUAUGGUUAAUGAAAAGGAAGAUAAAUUAUUUUCUACAUUUCUUUCAACUGUUGAUAAAUAUCCGCAUCAAAUAUUAAGAUAUGAUAGAGGUGGCAAUAUUUUAUACAUUUCAGGAGAAAGCAAAAUUGAUGACAUACCAAGGUGUUCAGAAUGUAAUGGAGAGAGGCAAUUUGAGUUUCAGAUUAUGCCUCAACUAUUGAACUUCUUAAAUCUUGGAAAUCCAUUAAAAUGUAUUGACUGGGGUAUUUUAGCAGUAUUUACUUGCAUAAAAUCAUGUGUACCUAAAAAUGGAUACAGCAAGGAAUAUAUAUGGAAACAAGACAUCAUAGAAAAUGAUAGUAAUAAAAAAUGAGUAAAAUAUAAAUACUUGUAAUACAUAAUUAAAAUGUAAAAAUAUUAAAAAGCUACAAAUAUUUUGUAGAACAAUUUUAAUAAUCCAAAAUACAUAAUUAUUUUGAUAAUAAUAAUUUGAUUUUUACAUUCUAAAAAUCGUAUAUAAUAAACAUAGUUGAUGAAAAAUAUAAAAUAAGUAUCAUCUCCUAAAAUUAAAUCAACACUCGAAAUUGAUUAUCUUUACAUAAUAAAAGUAAAAAAUAAUCUUAUAUAUUUUUGAGCAUACAAUGUCAUAAGAAAAAUAACAAUUGGUAGCACAAUAUGACAUAAUCAAAGAAAGUAUCAAAAUAUUAGGUUCCUUGAAAGAUUGUUAAUAGUUGUAGCACUUCAAA